AUGCCAAUCAAGCUACCCAAGGGGUUUCAGCGACGGAAAUCUUCAGGCAAUGCCUUGGACGAGGUGCGCAACCCUCCCGGCGAGUCCUCCUCCUUCAGAGUUCUGGAGAGGCCAGCAAGCAAAGAAAAAUCUUUCGAUGGUGGAAGGCAUUUGAAGACAGCGGCUACUGGAGCACCGCCACCACCGCCAAAAGAUCACUUUGACCACGAGGAGGUGGAUUUAUUUGCACUGGGCCGCCCAGAUGCAAGCAACCGGGGAAGUGGUGGUACUGAACGUUCCCAUUCUACAGCCCCUAACGACAGUGCCGCAUCCUCUGCCCGCCUCAGCACGUCUUCGACAAAUCCCUCUUCCAUUGACACAAAGUCAGACAAAAACGUUCAAGGAGGUGCUGGAUCAAGGCCUUUCAACGAUAUUUCCGCACCACACUCCGUGUUGACUCGGCCUGGCUUCAUCCGCAGCCCUGCCCGAACAUUUUCCUUUGGGGUGGUAAAAGGGAGUCGAGCAUCGCCCGCCUCACCAACUAGUGCUUUGCCUCCAUUGAUUGACACCACCAGAAACAGGGCAGUCACGACAAGCACCACUAGUACAGCCACACCACCAAGACUCUUUGAUACCGACUUGUCACUGGAGAGUUCCGAAUUGGAUGAGUUUGGAAACAUGUUUGACCAUAUUGGGUCUAGUCGUGACGCGGUCCCCAGCCGGCCUAUACAUCAACAGGCCUCGAUAUCUUCUCCUCCUACACAUUAUCCUCCGACCUCUUAUCCAGAGGCAAGUCCCGUCCGUAUCAACCGGGCGGCUCCUCCUAAGCCUAUCUCUACCGACCGCUCCCAAAUCGUUGAAUCAUCUCCUUAUUCAUGGGCCUCCCAUGAUUCCAACGAUCGUCUGAUGCGGUCUCCGAGUCCGUCCAAGACGAUUACCCAGGGAAGUCCCAUGCAGGCUGGAGAAACUGCAUCCCAUCCCGGAAGGUACGGCUCCAUGUCGGAAUCUACAGUUAUUGCGAGAGUGCCAGUGGGUCAAACAACCCUUACACAAGAGGAGGAGCUACAACCCACGCCGUUAAUGCAGACCAAGUCUGCGGACAGCAAUACAGCCUUGAAAACUCCUGCUAGAGACGUCGACGGCGAAUUGUCUCCGAGUUCGACACAUAGCGCCACGUUUGAUCCAAUUAUAGCUGCCGAUGCCCAGCUUGCCAAUAUGUACCAGGAGGCCAAACCGGUGCCAGCCAAGUCGAUUGCCAUGAACAAGGUAAUGACGCCCGCACAGUGGGAACGUUAUAAAGAACAAAAAGAGAUGGACCGGCGGCUUGGUGCUCUAUCUGAUGACAGUGGUUCCGAAGCGGGCGAUAAUUCCGAAGACGAUGACGAGCUUGAACGGAGUCGCCAGGCAACAAAACAACGUCGAAAGCAAGAAGCUCACCUGGCCGUAUACCGGCAAAAGAUGAUGAAGGUAACAGGCGAAGCGCCACAAAAUCGGUCGGCGAGUAGUCUCAGCAUGCUGCGGCCCGCCGACAACAACUCAGCAACCGAUCUCAACAAUCGCUUAUCGCGGAUGACUUUGGAGUCUAAGCAGUCCGGCAGGAGCAGUGGGGAGGAUGAAGAAGAAGAUGAGGAUGUGCCGCUUGGAAUUCUCGCGGCACAUGGGUUUCCCAAUAAAAAUCGGCCACCAACACGUCUUGGGAAUUCCCCGUCGAACUCCAACUUGCGCAGCGUCAGUCAGACGCAAGGGGCUCCGUCGGUAAUUAGCCAGGCUCCCAAAGGAGGCAACUUACCUGUCUUUGCUCGACAGCUCCCCCCUGAUCCCUACUACGGAGCCAGCCUUGUCAAUCCCUCAAAUCGUGAGGCUCUGGCCCUUCAUCCUUCUGGCCCACCCCUAGGAGCUGGCCCUGCAACUGCCCACCCGAUACACCCUGCAGGCCUUGUCGGAGUUAUUGCCGGAGAAGAACGUGCUAGAGCUGCCCGAAGGGGCAGUCCCAACCCUGCCGGCAACUACGACAUGCCCCCAAUGGGACCUCCUCCUGGCAUGGUGAGGUCGCAGACCACGGGAACUCUGCCCCCCAUGGGCUAUCCGGCCAUGGGAAUGCCGGGGAUUCCCCCAAUGCUGAGUCCGGGGGAUCAAGCGCAGAUCCAAAUGUCCCAACAGAUGACACAAAUGAUGCAGAUGCAAAUGCAAUGGAUGCAGCAAAUGUCACACAUGAUGGUAGGACCGAUGACUGCACCGCAAAAUAUGCCUCCCCUUCCGGGUCUACAAAUGCCAGCGUUUGGAAGGCCUCAGUCAUUGGCGAUGCAAAAUCCCCCAACUCCCCAAGCGAACCAGAGGACCAUGAGUACUCUCAACCCCAGUAUGGCGCCCUGGAAUAGCAAGCCACCGAUGCUGCCAUCCAUCAAUGUCAAUGGAAACUAUGCGCCUUCAAUUGCGCCCUCGGAGCGUAGCAACAUCGGCCUAGCAUCAAGAUACAGGCCCGUCUCCACCGCUCCUGAGCCAGAUGUGAUGUCUACUCAUCGAGCAUCAACAUUUACGUCGUCGAGUGUGCGACCUUGGUCUACGAUGGACCAAACUCGCCGACCAUCCGGACAUGCCACUAAGCCAUCCGUUAAUACGCUCGGCCGAAGAUCCCCGCUGGCGCUCCAGGAUGACGAUGACGACGAGCAAGGGUGGGCCGAGAUGAAGAGGAAGAAAGAUAAGAAGCAAAAGACUUGGGCCCUCCGAAAGGGACAGAACACGCUUUCAGAACUGUACGCCAACGCCUCGUAA